UGUAAAUACAAACCUUAAUCCCCUUGCUAAUUAUCUCAGUGCCAGGGUGAGCAUUCCAAAGGGCAGGGGAGUUGGGAAAAGGAAAGCACUGUUAUGGACAUGUGAUUUCCCGCUUAGUGAUUGCUUCGCUUAAUGACAGAGCUGCUGGUCCCAAUUGUGGUCACUAAACGAGGACCCCCUGUAUAAGCCAGUUUGCUCCCUGGUGAGCCUCACCCUCCAUCCACCUCAGCUGCUUUAAUUGCCUACUGUGGGACUGACGGUCAUCUUGUGUUUUCCCUGCUGCAGAGACCAUGAAAGAGCCCCGGCAUCGUAAAGACAACCGGCGUCCAGAUCUCGAAAUCUAUAAGCCUGGCCUCUCCCGCCUCCGGAACAAGCCUGCCUUAGCAAAGCAAGAGCUUUCAAGGAAGGAGGAGGCCCAGGAAGAGGAUCCUGGCCACAGGGAGCCCUCAGCUGCUUCCUGCAGGGAGGAUUCCCGUCCCGCCCAGGCCCCGCUCGAGGGAAGCAGCCAGCCGCCAAAUGGCUUCCCGGAAGGGUCUCCCCAAGGCCGCCUGAGCACCCCCGAGGACUGGUGCCCUCGGAUCAUUAGACGGGCCAAGAAGCCCGACCAGCAGAUCUACCAGCCUGGCAAACGCCUGCAGAUCUCGUCCCGAGAGACGGUGGCUGCCCCACUGGCAGCUGAGGAGCUCCCCGUGAAGGAGGAGAGGGGAGCAGACUCUGAAAAGGAUUCUGGGAGGGGCGGUGAGGGCCCCAGGAGGCCAGGGGACCAGGAAGGAGACCUGAGCCAGGAAGGGGCCAAGCCUCUGUGGGGGGAGAAGGGCAGGCGAGCUGAGCGGCCCAGGAAGACCAGGGACGAGCCAGGCCAUGGCAAGGCCAGCCCCCCCAAGCGCUACUCACGCUCGGACAAGCGUCGCAGCCGCUACCGCACCUGCAGCACCAGUUCGGCAGGGAGCAACAACAGCACCGACGGGGCCCGUGGAGAGGCUGAGGCGGGGAAGAAGCCCCAGGAGAGGCCCCGUCCACAGAAGCAGCUCUCGGCCUCCUCCACCGACUCCCUCGAAGAGGACAGAGCUGAGGAGGCCCAGGAGACAAGGAGGCCCCCGGAGCACAGCUGGCUGUCCCGGAGCUUGGACGGGAGAGAGGCCAGAGGAGCCCAGGGGGGCAGCCGGGCCACAGGCAGGGGUCUCUCAGCCUCCCAUCCCGACUGGCGGAAGGGCAAGCCCGCUGGGGCCGGCCUGAGGGACUCCGCGGAGGCUGGGGAGGGAAAGCCCCAGACCAGGGGCCGCGGCAUCCUGGUACUCCCAGCCAACACAGACCUUUCCACCAGCAGCACUGGUUCUCCUGAAGCUCCCCCUGCGGGGGGGGCUAGGCUCCUCUUUGGCAGCAGCAAAGGCACGCGAGGGUGGAGCCGGGGGGGCACAGCCCGUCGGCUCUGGGACCCCAACAACCCAGAGCAGAAGCCGGCGCUGAAGAGCCAGGGGGCCCAGCUGCACUUCCUGGACACGGACGAUGAGGUGGCCCCCGUGCCCCGAGGGGACGCCCGCCAGGCGCAAGCCUCCUACUAUCGGUUCCAGAACUCGGACAACCCAUAUUACUAUGGAGGGCCCCCAUACCCCUACACAGGAUACUCCCUGCCCUAUCCGGUGGGCACCAGCAGUGAGGUUUACCCUGGCGUCUAUUAUCCCGCUGGCUACCCUAAGCAGGCCGAGCCCCCCAGCCCUGAGGUGGAGCAGCAGAAGCGCAGCCUGCAGCAGCAGGAGCUCAGCAAGGCCCUCCGAGAAGCUGGGCACCUGGAGCAGCAGCUGAGCAACCUUCUGUCCCGGGACCGGCUGAGUCCUGAGGGCCUGGAGAAGAUGGGGAAGCUCAGGGCAGAGAUGCUGCAGCUGUACGAGCACUGCCUCCUGACUGACAUUGAACUGGCCGAUGCCCAGAACGUGGAUCCGCUGCUGUGGAAGAAUGCUUUCUACCAGGUGAUUGAGAAGUUCCGGCAACUGCUCAAGGACCCUGCUGGGGAGAACGCCCAGGAGAUCCGCACCAAGCUGCUCCAGAUCCUGGACGAGGGCACAGUUUUCUUCGAUGGCUUGCUGCAGAAGCUGCAAGUCACCUACCAGUUCAAGCUGGAGGACUACAUGGAUGGCAUGGCUGUUCGUAGCAAGCCGCUGCGGAAGAUGGUGAAAUACGCGCUCCUGAGUGCUCAGAGGAGCCUGAUUUGCCAAGGCGACAUCUGCAGGUACCGGGAGCAAGGCAGUGACACGGCAAACUAUGGGAAAGCACGCAGCUGGUACCUGAAGGCCCAGCACAUCGCCCCCAAGAACGGCCGCCCAUACAACCAGUUGGCUCUCCUGGCUGUCUACACGAGGCGGAAGCUGGAUGCUGUCUACUACUACAUGCGCAGCCUGGCCGCCAGCAACCCCAUCCUCACCGCCAAGGAGAGUCUGGCAAGCCUCUUCGAGGAGACCAAGCGGAAGGCGGAGCAGCUGGAGCAGAAGAGCCCCGGCCAGCGCAGGCGAAGCAAGAGGCCAGCCUUCCGGCCCUCGGGCGACGACGCCACCCGCCUGGAGCUCUGGAUCCACCCCUCCCACCCCCGCUCCGGCCAGGGCCACGAGUCCAGCCGUGACUCGGAGCAGGACAGUGGGCUCGGGGGCCUGAGCCCCAGCGAUGUGAGUACUGGGGGCACGGAGCAGCGCAGCGCUUCAGGCGGCCACAAGGUGGCGCUGCUCAGCUUGUUGGCGGGAGAGUCUUCCUC